GCCCUCGCCCCGCUCUGGAUGCCCAUCGCGGCUGCUCGGGCCGGGGGGUGGCUGCGGCUCCCCGGCGGGGGGCGCGGGCCAGGAUGCCGGUGCUGGAGCGCUUCUUCCCCGCGGCAGAGCCGGGCAGGCGGAGGAGGACGGGAGAAGAACCGAUGCCCUUUCCCAUGGGCAGCCUGCCCGGUUAUCAGCAGGGGACCCUGGCCUGGGACUUGCCCGAGAUGAUCAAGAUGGUAAAGCUCGUUUGGAAAUCCAAGGGAGAGCUCCGCGGAGCGAAGCACAGGGGCGUUUUGGAGAGCGAGGAUGCCCUGGGCGGUCCGGCAGGAGAUGCACGGGUGAGAGGUCAGACAGGGGUUGUCUCCGAGCGCCGUGGCUCCUACCCAUUUAUAGACUUCCGUCUUCUUAACAAUACUACACUCUCAGGGGAAAUAGGCACCAAGAAAAAAGUGAAAAGACUGUUAAGUUUCCAGAGAUAUUUCCAUGCAUCCAGGUUACUGCGUGGAAUUGUACCACAAGCCUCUCUGUACCUACUGGAUGAGGACUACCUUGGGCAAGCAAGGCAUAUGCUAUCCAAAGUGGGAAUGUGGGAUUUUGACAUUUUCUUGUUUGAUCGCUUGACAAAUGGAAACAGUCUUGUAACACUGCUUUGUCACCUCUUCAAUGUGCAUGGACUUAUUCACCAUUUCCAGUUAGACAUGGUUACAUUACACAGGUUUUUUGUUAUGGUUCAAGAAGAUUACCAUAGCCAGAACCCAUACCACAAUGCUGUCCAUGCCGCUGAUGUCACACAAGCUAUGCACUGCUAUCUGAGGGAGCCCAAGCUUGCCAACUUCCUCACCCCAUCGGACAUCAUGCUCGGACUGCUCGCUGCUGCAGCUCAUGAUGUGGAUCACCCAGGGGUCAACCAACCCUUUCUGAUUAAAACUAAACACCACCUUGCCAGCUUGUACCAGAAUGUUUCCGUGCUGGAGAACCACCACUGGCGCUCUACCAUAGGCAUGCUUCGAGAGUCACGGCUGCUCGCCCACCUGCCCAAGGAGGUCACACAGGACAUUGAGCAGCAGUUGGGCUCCCUGAUCUUGGCAACAGACAUCAACAGGCAGAAUGAGUUUUUGAUCCGUCUAAAAUCUCACCUUGACAAUCAGGAUUUGAGGCUGGAGGAUGCACAAGACAGACAUUUUAUGCUUCAGAUUGCACUCAAGUGUGCUGACAUUUGCAACCCUUGCCGGGUCUGGGAUCUGAGCAAACAGUGGAGUGAACGAGUCUGCGAAGAGUUUUACCGGCAAGGUGAUCUGGAACAAAAAUUUGAACUGGAAAUAAGCCCCCUUUGUAAUCAGCAAAAGGACACAGUACCAAGCAUCCAGAUUGGGUUCAUGACAUACAUCGUUGAGCCUCUCUUCGAGAGGUGGGCCCAGUUCACCGGCAACACUCCCCUGUCUGAAAAUAUGCUAAACCAUCUCAGGAGGAACAAGGCCAAGUGGAGGAGUUUGCUCCACAAGCAACACAGCAGUAGUAGGAGCAAUGACCAUUCAGGCCAAGUGACUGGCAGCCAGGAACAGACUUUAAAUGAAGAAGAGACUCCCUAGUGGCAGCUUUGCACUUUUCCUUCCAGCACUGCUAUCUCCGUCUUGGUCAAGCAGCAAACAAGGUCCCGGGGAGCAGCAGCCUGUUGUCAACACCGUGCAAAGGCAAGAAAUGGCAAAGCUCUAAGGGUCCUCACGAACGUGCCCAUGGUUCUGCUGGGUUUCUUUCUGAUCUUCAUGUUCCUCUCCCCUCUCUCCAUUCUGCGCAUGCCUGAUACCAUUAGUCACUCCUGAUACCAAACUGCCCCGGUGUGGAGUCCCAGCCAGCGGCAGGGAAGCCAGGCCAGUUCUGACUGCCAUGAAGCAGGGAGGAUUGCUGAGAGAACAGGGGACAAAGAGAGGCACUCUCGGUGAUCUUUUCACUUACCACAAGUCAUAUGUGACAUCUGUAUAUAGGCCAAGAGUGCCACACCCUUUCUAGGCUGGCAGCUGGGCUGCACAUUAAACCACCAGCAUCUCCAGCAUCCAGAGGACAUGGACUGAGUGGGAUGGUGCUCACAGAGGGCAGAGAGUCGGGUUGUUUUAGUAGUUAAAAACCUUUUUAACUUUUGUAUUCCGGGCACUAAAGAACAGAUCUAUAAACCUUGGACUGA